UUCUCUCUUAGCCCCGCCUAUCAGCAACAGUUGCCAGCUGUUAACUUCUCCUUUCAGUUUGCAGCUUAAAGCUUUUAACUGAUUAUUAUUAUUAUUAUUUUAUUAUUAUUAACUUUUGUAAUCAAGACAAAGCCUCUGUCUAGGAAUCACCACAUCCAUUCACCUCUCUAUCUCAAACCUUUCACUAUGUUGGGCCAGUUCUCCCCUGGUGAGCCCUACAGUGCUCUCUCUACCACACCGCCCUGGAAUCCAGGACACCAGCUUCAGCCCUUCCGCUUCCGCUCACGAACUGAGCCCAUAGACUGGAGGCGUCUCUCUGCCCUUGACGUGGAACGUGUCGAGCGAGACAGUGUUGAUGUGCUUCAGAAUUUCAUGACCGUAACAUUCUGUGCCGUGGAGGGCGAGAGGUGCCCAAACUGUCGAGGACCUGCUGACCCUUCUUUGAUCAAACUGCUUCGUAUGUCUCAGCUGAGCAGCACUGAGUACCUGCUGCACUGCCAGGACUUGCUGAGCUCUCAGCUGUCAGGACUGGAGGAACGUCUGCAGGCGGCACUCUCUCUGAUCCAGAAAGGAGAAGAAAAACGAGCAGAACUUGAAAAAAAUUUGCAAGAAGCCAAGCAGGAGAAUCGACGGAGAAAAAAAAUGAUCGCCACUCAACAGCUCCUCCUGCAGGCCAGUGCUAAUAAUUAUCACAAGUGCCAGUUCUGUGAAAAAUCAUUUGUCAACUACUCUUACUUACAAGCACAUGUUCAGCGACGACAUCCUGAAGUUACAGAUGCAGAGAGACAAAAGAAGCACAAGGUAGAAGAGAUGGAAGAUAGGAUAGAAGAGCUAAAGGAGAAACUGAGAUUGACGCAAAUGCAGCUACAGACAGAGAGAGAAACAGAAAGUUUAAGAGGAAAUAUAUCAAUUAACACAGAUGUGUUCCAGGAACAAGAGGAGCAGCGAAGGAGAGAACAGUCAGAGAAGGAAGCACUGGAGAGAUGGAAAGAAGAGGAGAGAAGAAAAUCUCAGCAGGAAAUUGGAGAGCUGAGACAGUUAUUUCUCCAGGAGUCUAAAGACAUGGCAAGCAAGAGCUCAUCCAUAGAGGCUAAACUGCUAGUGUUGCAGAACAAAGAGGUGGGUGUAGCAAAUAAUGUCACUUUACAAGAAGAGAGUGACCCUGAGAAAGAACUGAGAGAAAACAGAGAGAGAGAGCUAAAAGAGAAAAUGGCCAGGAAGAAAAGUGAAUGGAAGAAGAAAUUUCAGGAAGCACAGAACAGACACCAACAGGAAAAAGCAGAGCUGAAGAGUGAGAAUGCCAGGCUUGUGAAGGCCUUGUCUGUGGAGAAGAACUCUGGCUCCAGUCUGCAGAAACUUCAGCAGCAGGUUGCCUCUCUCUCUUCUCAGCUGAGCCAGAAGGACAGACUCAUCAAAUCUCGGGAGGAGAAGAUUAAAAAGUUGUCAGUCUCAGCUCCAGUGGUUUUGCAAAAAGCCCAAGAUUCUCCUGAGGAACCACAGGAGGAAGACGAAGAGAGCAUGGAGGAUUCAGAUGAACCCCAGUGGAAGGUUCUAAAGUUACGUAAAGGAAAGUCAGAGCUGAUGAAAGCGUCUAGACUCAUUCUAGAAGAAACACUGGAGGAGAAACUGGAGAAUAUGGGACUGCGGAAGGGUACCAAGGGUAUCUCUGAGCAAACUUUUAAGAACCUGAGUGCUCUGUUGACUGGUCAGCGGCUGCAGAGAUACAGACAGCAGCCAGACCUUCAGAACCAAAGAGACAACCUGACACAUGAGAUCAUCAGGCGAGUGAAAAGCCUACAGAAUAGCCAGGGGAAAUUAACACCCAGCACUUUAAAACAGGGGGGAAAGAAAAAUUCAACCCUAGUGAAGGAAAAAAGCGUCCGAUCCAGAGAGGACUCAAAGUCCUCCAUUCGGAGGACCAAGAGCCAGCAGCCACAAGCACUUAUUCCAACACCCACCCCACGCUCCAAUGCACCUCAGAAACAGACUCCAAAAACACAGCAAAAAAAGAAUGGCACACCACCUUUCAGUUCAGAUGAGGAUGAGUCAGUUGAGGACAAUGCUUAUAUCACCAGCUCACGGGGCAAGCCUUCCCCCUCCGUGCGCCUUGUGCAAUCAGGAUCACUGCUGAACCCAACAGCUGAUCCUGAUUGGACAGACAGUGAACCGUCAGAAGCUUCAGACACACCCAAACUCCCCAAAAGUCCCAAUUCACAUGGUUCUGUUGUCCAAACACUGACAAGAAGUUUGGAAAGACAGCUAAGCACACCAAUCAAAAAGCCUGUGGGCGGGACUAGAGUUAUGCCACCAUCCAGCCUCUCCCCUCGCCCUGCCAUUGUAAAACAGAAAGCGCUAUCUGAUGAGGAGAGUGACUUGGAGCUGUCCUCCAUAGAAGAGCUAACAGCCAACCGUGCAGGAGUACACAAAAGUUCAGAGGUCGGCGGGACCUCAGGGACCAGUGCUUGGAGUUCUGUGGCCAGUAGACCAGGAGCGUGGUGAAGUGUGAUGUGACUGUCAAAUAAAGGCAUGUUUUCAUUCCAAACCCAAAUUCUCAAAGAGAAUUAACAAGUGCAGGCACAAAGGAAUCAUUAUUAAAAGCCUUUUCUAUGCUUUAGGAAAUUAGUGAACCCAAAAAUUGUUCCCAAAAGAAUCAGCCAUUACUUGUUUGUGUGCUGUUAUACAACCUUCAGGUGCUUUGUUUUUGUAAGUAGUGCCAAACAUAGUCCAGGACACAUUUACUUUUAGCAGCCAAGCAGGAAGCAGCACUAAUAUGCAAUGAGCUGUGAGUUUUUAUAUACACUAAGUAAUCAUUGGCUUUCAAAAAAAAUGUAAGUUUGUGAUAUUUAGAAUAUAAUUGAUAUUUGAAAUAAAUAUGAUUCUGAUAUUGAAGACUAUCAGUAAAUCAUGAACAUAUGAGAGAAAUUUGGGGAAAUAAAUAUAUACAGUAGUAAGUUAAAUGUUUGAGAAAUGUAUACAGAAUUGUGACUUCACACAUUUACAGAUUUUUGGUUACAGAUUAACAAUGUGUACUUUCAUUUUUCUUUGCCUGAUCAUGGGCAGAGCUUUAUCGUCUUUUUCACAUUAAACAGUUGUAAAUUUAAAUCUGACAAUUCAUUUUCAUGAGUGCAGAUACAUUCCAUGCUCAUUUCAGCUAUAAUAAUGCCAUCAAGCAUUAGUUCUAGCUGACACGAGCAUUUACUGAUUCUGCACUCAUGAAAAUGAAUUGUCAAGUCAUUUAAUAUUUUUCACGUUCUGAUACAUUUUGUUUUUUUUUUCCCCUCAACAUAAUGUUCCAAAAUAUUUAAUAUCUUUAGUUGUUUAGGAAGCACUUCAUGAAUAGAGGGAGCAGGCUACUAAAUGUUAGACAUUCACACCAAGUUAAAAGAUAACUAUAAUGAUAACCAUAUUAGCAUCCACACUAAUAUACAAUAAUGUUCUGUUUAUUAUUAUAAGCAUUCUGCAGUUGCAUGCUCAAGCUCUUUAAAAUCAGAUGGAUUCUGAUUGGCUGUGAUGUUUUUAUUUUUCAUCAGCUGGGGGGAAAAAAGAGUUCUGAGAGUGAUUUCAACAAUAUCAGUGUCAUAAUCAUUAUAGCUUUGGUGUGUAAUUCCCUAUUCUCAUAUAAGUUUAAUGAUUAUUAAAACUAUAGUUAGUAGUAACCUUUAUAGAUUUCAUUUGAUUUAAAGAAAGGCAUGAUCAUGCUUAGCAGUGGUUGAAAUGACUUCAGUAAAAUCAAACAGAAGCUAAUGAGAAAAUAUUGUGAAAUAUUGUUUGCCACACUGUAAAUAAAAAAGAUUAUUGAAGUACACCUGAAAAUAAAAUAUUAC